CUCAUGCGCACACGAAAAUUCCCCCCCUCCUGGAGCCGGUCGCUGACGCGGCGGCGGGAACAUGGAGGCAGCGGCGGCGCUGGGUGGGUCGGGGCUGCCGGGCGCCCUUAUCGUCCUCAUCCUCCUCGUCCUUGUCCUGCUGCUGGCGGCCGUGCUGCAUCGCUCCGCUCCGCGGGAGACCCCCGUCGCCCCGCAGGACGGGCCCAGGGCGAACGGGCAUGCUAGGCCGGAGGAGCCUCGGAAGGCGAAGCCGGCGGCGAGGGCUCGCAGGGAGAAGCAGCGGCAGCACAGCUUCGCACACCGGCUGCUGGUAGCUGCCCUAAAGGGCCACAGCAGCCCGGUCACCUGCCUGGACUUCAGCAGCAACGGCAAGUACCUGGCGUCAUGCUCUGAGGACCGCACGGUGCGGCUGUGGAGCACCCGGGACCUGGCGGGGCGGGAGCACCGCUGCCUGCGCGCCAACGUGGGGCUGGACCACGCCGAGCUCGUCCGCCUCAGCCCCGACUCACGUGUUGCAGUCGAGCCAACACAGGGAGAGAACUUGGUGCCCUUGGCUUUCAUUGUCUGGCUGGCCAAUGCUGAGACUAUUCGUGUCUACAAGAUGACCAAGAAGGAUGAUGGCAGCUUCACCUUCACUGCAACUUCUGGGGACUUCCCAAAGAAGCACAAGGCUCCUGUCAUUAACAUAGGGAUUGCAGAGACAGGGAAGUUUAUCAUGACAGCUUCCAGUGACACCACCAUCCUGAUCUGGAGCCCAAAGGGAGAAGUCCUGGCCAGCAUUAACACAAACCAGAUGAACAAUGCCUAUGCCACAGUUUCACCCUGUGGAAGGUUUGUGGCAUCCUGUGGCUUUACCCCCGAUGUGAAGGUGUGGGAGGUGUGUUUUGGCAAGAACGGAGACUUCAGGGAGGUGACCAGGGCUUUUGAGUUGAAAGGCCACACUGCUGGUGUACAAUCCUUUUCCUUCUCCAACGACUCAAGGAGGAUGGCGACCGUGUCAAAGGAUGGCACGUGGAAAUUCUGGGACACAGAUGUGGAGUACAAGAAGCAGCAGGACCCAUACCUGCUUCUGACAGGGCAGUGUGCAGUGCUGGAGCCGUGCCGCAUUGCCCUGUCCCCUGACAGCCGCACGGUUGCUGUGGCAGGCGGCACAGACAUCGUGGUGUACAACACACGGCACGGCGAGGAGGAGGAGCGUUUUCUUGGCGUGCACAGCCACCGUAUCGCUGACCUUGCCUUUGACACGACCGGCCGCUAUCUCGUGUCCUGUGGGGACCGUGCUAUCUGUGUCUUCCACAACACUGCCGGGCACCGCGCUGUGGUGGAGGAGAUGGAGGCCAUCCUGAAAAAAACUGGGAACAAAGCCACGCGGGAGAGGCUGGAGCAGCAGAUCUCCAGCGCUCGCAAAGCGCUGGCUGCCAUCUAUGGCAAGAAGCACUAAGCUAUCCGUACAGCAGGAAGCAGCUGUGCUCUGCAUUUGGGGAUGGUUUUUUUUAAUAACUGUGAAUAGCAGUAAUAAAAGAGUGCCCGGUC